AAUCAAGGAAAGACAACAGUACACUUCACUACUCUUCCUCGAUGCCCAUUCGUUAGCCUCCCUAGCCAAAUCCUCCUUUCUUUCUUUAACCAAUCUCUUCUUCGCUCUAGCUUCCUGAUUUGGAUAAAUCUUCAUACCUCUUCUUCCUCUUUUGAAGUAAUGCGUUUUCUAUAAUUUUCCCACAGAAAGUUUCAAUAAUUUUUGUUUUUUUGAAAAAAAAAAGAAGAAAGUUUCGAUCUUUCCGCUUCUGUUGUUACAUUUGGUGAUUCUCGAAGGCAUCGUUCCUCGAAAGUGUUGAGCUUUUUUUUUACUUAGGCAAGAGUUACACAACAACAAAAAGCAGAAGACAUUAUCAUCUUGUCAGCAUUGUUAUGCUAAUGGCAGAUCUUGUCAAGAGACCAUCUUGAUUUGGUGUAAGAAACCCAUUUUGAUCCAAGGAAUCAUGAACGGGCAUAGGCUUGUGCCAACGGCACAAGAGGAAUGCAACAAAGGAAUCCAAAAAGCUUGCUCGUCUUCCCUCUCUCCAGCCUAUAACUUUCUGAAUGUCCAGCCAGAAAGAACCAAAUCUCCUUUCAUACGGUCACAAUCUCCGGAUUGGCCAAAGAAUAGUACGUUUUCACGGUCUUCAACCUUCUGCACAAACCUCUACUCCUCAUCUUCUUCAGCCAAUGAGACUCAGAAACAUUUGGGAAACAGUCUUCCUUUCCUCCCUGAUCCCUCUGCUUCUGCUUCUGGUGUGGAGUCUGCAAGAUCUCCAUCUGUCUUCAGCGAGGAUUUGGGCAAUCCGUUUGAUGGAGACAACAACUCCUCGCUUGUCAAAGAUUUCUUUAAUCUCUCCGCGGAUGCUUGUUCCAAUGGAGGUGGUUAUCAUGAUCUUGACUGUUCCAACGACACCUUAUCAGAUCAGCUGGAGCUGCAGUUCCUGUCUGAUGAACUUGAGCUGGCCAUCACAGACCGAGCUGAAACUCCAAGGCUUGAUGAGAUCUAUGAAAAGCCAAUGGCUUCGCCAAAUCCAGUGACUGUGCUGAGUCCAAGCCAAAGAUGCGAUGCUGGAGCAAUGUGCAUUGACCCAGUUUCAUCUCUCCCUUCUCCAAGAUCCUCAGCAGCAGCCAAUCACAAGCCGAGAAUGAGAUGGACCCCUGAGCUCCACGAAAGUUUUUUGAAGUCAGUGAACAAACUUGAAGGGCCUGAAAAGGCCACUCCAAAGGCUGUUCUCAAGCUUAUGAAUGUUGAGGGCUUGACGAUCUACCAUGUAAAAAGCCACUUGCAGAAGUAUAGACUAGCAAAGUAUAUGCCAGAGAAAAAAGAAGAGAAAAAGAAUGUUAACUCAGAGGAGAAGAAACUCGCUUUGAGCAACAGUGAAGCUGAUGAGAAGAAGAAAGGGGCAAUACAACUAACUGAAGCUCUCCGUAUGCAGAUGGAAGUUCAAAAGCAAUUGCAUGAACAACUCGAGGUGCAGCGGGUGCUUCAGCUACGAAUAGAAGAGCAUGCUAAAUACUUGGAGAAGAUGCUUGAAGAACAACGCAAAGCCGGAAGGCUAUUUUCUUCUUCUUCUUCUUCUCAGACUUUGUUAUCACCUAGUGAUGAUGAGACUAGACCAGACUCUCCAAACAUGUCCAAGACCGAAGCAUCUCUGCCUCAGCCUUCAUCAUCUGCAAAGAACAUAGCUUCUGAAACCGAAGACGAUCAAUGUGAGUCCCCUCAGAAACGCCGCAGGCUUGAGAACAAUACUAAACCUCAAGACUCUGAGAGGUAGCAGGUCUCUUCAAGUAUGUAUAUAUAUGGUCUGGCUUUUUGUGUUGUUUGGUGGAGAGGAUCUUGGUGGUGGUCACUCAAAAAUAGAUGUUUGUAAUGUAGAUCUUUGUCGGACACGUGUAAACUUAUUUAAGUAUCUUUGAGGAUGUUCCCUUCGA